AUGCAGCUUGCAGCCAGUUUCAUUACAUGCAUCGGCAACUAUUUCUCUGCAGAAUUACCCGAGAUCGCGAUUCACGAUGGAGACCGAGUUACGGCACAGCCGAACCAGCUCAGCAGCAUGCGCGAUCUCAGAAAUUCCCCUAUCAACCCUGACAGACAGGAACGGCACCGGGUGGCGCUUGAAGCGGUCUCGAACGCGAAGCGGGGAGGCACCGCAACUCUGAUCCUCCUCGGUGUCACCUUUUCGGGAGACAGGCGACACAAGAAUAGAGAGAGCCCAGGCGUCGAACUUCCUUCCGAGCGCGGCAAAAACCACUGGUCGCAAGCGAAAGAAGAUUCGACAGAAUCUCCCGGGCUUCGGGAGAACAGAAUUGGCGGCAAAGGGGGCCCCGGUGGGUUCUCGCAGGGUUGA